AUGAUUUAAAACACUAGUUAUGAAGACAACUUAUAGUGUUGGCAAAGAUAAUUUUUUCCGCAUUUGGCAUAGGACUUACGGUAUUUGAUAUUGUGGUCGCUGUUGGAAUCACAAUUAAGAGGAUAAGAAUGGUAAAAAUAUUUCUUUUCAAUACAGUGUGUAUGAUGUAGUAGAAGUAGGAGUCGAUAUAGAAAAAAAAUAGAUUAAGUGGAUAAAAUAAAAAACAAACUAAAAUUUUGUAAAUUUAUUAUUGAAAUUUAGAGUCUUGAAUUUGAUAGUACAACGGAUUUAUAUCCAUACAUACAUAUUAAAGAAAAGACCUUGACUUACUUGAAAUUUUUUCAAUUUAGUUUACUGCGUUUAAAAGAGAAAAAAAUAUUUAUUUAUAAUAGAUAAAUAUAUUGA